AUGGAUCAUAUACCAAAACUGCUCGAUUGGGCAGAGACAAAAGGUAUUAAGUUGGACGGCAUAUCUCCAAAGCGCUUAGCCGGCCGCGGCGUUGGCGUUGUGGCAACUCGAGAUCUUAAGACCGAUGACAUAAUACUAGAAGUCCCAACGUCGUGCCAUCGGAGCAUUGAUACGGUCCCAAAGACCGUCCGCUCCACAUUGCCCAAGGAAAUCUCAGUCCAAGGCCUGCUGGCCACCGAUCUGGCUCUGGAAGACAGCAGCACUUCGCAAUACAGUAUCUGGAACUCGGUAUGCCCGACACCUGAGGACUUCACCUCCAUACCGCUGCUCUGGCCCCAGGCACUGCAAGCCCUGCUGCCGGGCCCCGCCGCGAAGCUGCUCGCCGCGCAGCAGGCCAAGCUCGCGCGAGACUGGGCCGCCGCGAGCGCCGCGUUCCCGGACCUCGCGGAGGACAGGUUCCGGUACGGGUGGCUCCUGGCAAAUACCCGUACGUUCUUCUACCCGAGCCCGGCGCUGAAGAGGCGGCAGAACGAGGGCCGCAUGGUCCUGCAGCCUGUCGCGGACCUGCUGAACCACGCCGAGGAGGGAUGCAACGUCGCCUUCGACGCCAAGUCGUUCGUGGUGCGCGCCAAUCGGGAAUACGAAGAGGGCGAGGAGGUCCGGAUCUGCUAUGGCAGGCAUGGCUGCGACUUUCUGAUGGUGGAGUACGGAUUCGUGCUGGAUCCGAACCGGUGGGACGAGUUCGGGCUCGACGACGUCAUCCUGCCCAAGCUGACCCGGCAGUGGAAGGAGAGGCUCAAGGACCGGGGCUUCCUGGGCAGAUACGUGCUCGACCGCGAGCAGGUGUGCUACAGGACGCAGGUCGCCGUGCGGACGCUCUGCUGCGGCGUCGGCGAGUGGAUGCGGUUCGCGGAUGGGGAGGACGGGGGCGAGGAGAGCCAGGACAUGGUAAACGAGUUGCUCGCAGAGAUGCUGGGCAAGUACAGAAAGACGAUCAGGAAGAGGAUCGACGAGGCGACCCACACGCAAGAGGGAGAGGAGUGCCAGAGAGAGCUGCUUGCUGAAAGAUGGAGGCAGAUCGACCGACUGGUUGAGGCAACCGUGGACAGGCUCCAAGACUAG